GAGGAGUAGGAGAAUCAUUGGUUCAUUUUGCUGGUUUUCAAGAAUAGAAGUGGAGGAGAGGAACAAGAAGAGGAAGCUAGGGUUUUGGAGGAGAAAACAAGAGGUUCUGGAGUUUAGUAGCCGCGUGUGACCUAGCCGGAGGUUCUUCCUUGGUUAUUGGAGAUUAGGACGAUGGUUGCAGGAAGGAAUGUUGACAUUAAUGUUAAGGCAAUGAUGAGGUGGACUGGUGCGAUUGGAAAAGCGCCGCAAGAGAAUGGUGGUUAUGGAGGAAAGGAUGAGUUCCGUGUUUUUGAAGAUUUUCAAAGGUGCAACCCGCCGAUCUUUAAAGAAGGGUAUGGACCGGACAAAGCGCACGCAUGGAUGAGAGAAAUUGAGAAGAUCUUUCAAGUUGUGAGUUGUACUGAUGUACAGAAGGUACGGUUUGGUACUCACAUGCUGACAAAAGAAGCUGACGUUUGGUGGAGUAAUACUGUACGGAGAUUUCAAAUAGAAGGUAUUGAAGUUACUUGGACUCUUUUCCGUGAUGCAUUUUUGGGAAACUAUUUUCCAGAAGAUGUGCGUGGAAAGAAAGAAGUGAGGUUUCUACAGUUGAAACGAGGAGGAGAACAGUUCCGUGAGAAAUCGUACGAUGACAUGAGGGAACAAUCUGGUCUUGGCAAGAAGCCAAGUGGGGGAGGAGCUUCUACUCCAAUUAAGUGCUACACGUGUGGCGAGACGGGUCACAAAACUGUUGAUUGUGGAAUUGGCUCGAGUAGGAUUUGCUACAGUUGUGGUGAGCAAGGACAUAAUUGUGCCAUGUGCGAUAAGCCAAAGAAGGAGCAAGCGAAAGGAAAAGUGUCUGCGUUGUCUGGUGCUGAGACUAAUACUAAGGAUAAGUUAAUCUGAGGUUCUGGAGUUUAGUAGCCGCGUGUGACCUAGCCGGAGGUUCUUCCUUGGUUAUUGGAGAUUAGGUAGUGAGUCGAUGCUCUGGUCAUGUAACACUGGGUAGGCUAGGUGUAUUGAACUCAUGUUAUGUUUGUGUAUGUAUUAUGCUAUGACUGGUGAACUUAUUUAUUGGAUACAUGUCUUUUGAGAGGCUUACAAGCCAAACCUUUGAUUAUGUUUUAUGUUGGAUUGAGACUACUAGUCGAUGUAUGAUCAUGGUAUGGGACAUGAAUCAUUAUAAAUCACAUGAGUAUCAUAUAUUUCCGCUGUGAAUGCAUAUCCAGGUUAAAUUGUGAUUUGAUAU